AUUCCCUCCCUUUGCCCCUUCCCUGACACAGCCUGCCUCCAAACCAGCAGCUCUUUGUGUUGUCUCUGUCCACUCCUGACAAACUCCGCAGGACCAGAGCGUCAGCCAGCAGCAUGGCUACAAAAUGCCAGAAGUGUGGCCCCGGCUACCCUACUCCUCUGGAGGCCAUGAAAGGACCCCGGGAGGAGAUUGUCUACCUGCCCUGUAUUUACCGAAACACAGGCAUUGAGGCCCCAGAUUAUUUGGCCACUGUGGAUGUUGACCCCAAGUCUCCCCAGUAUAGCCAGGUCAUCCACAGGCUGCCCAUGCCCUACCUGAAGGACGAGCUGCACCACUCGGGAUGGAACACCUGCAGCAGCUGCUUUGGGGACAGCACCAAGUCACGCAACAAGCUGAUGCUGCCCAGUUUUAUCUCCUCUCGAGUCUAUGUGGUAGAUGUGGGCUCUGAGCCCCGUGCUCCAAAGUUGCACAAGGUCAUUGAGCCCAGUGAGAUCCAUGCCAAGUGCAACCUGGGCAACCUGCACACUAGCCACUGCCUGGCCAGCGGGGAGGUGAUGAUCAGCUCCUUGGGGGAUCCCCAGGGCAAUGCCAAAGGGGGUUUUGUGCUGCUGGAUGGGGAGACCUUCGAGGUGAAAGGGACGUGGGAGCGGCCAGGGGGUGCUGCGCCAAUGGGCUAUGACUUCUGGUACCAGCCUCGACAUAAUGUCAUGAUCAGCACUGAAUGGGCAGCUCCCAAUGUCCUCAAAGAUGGCUUCAACCCUGCUGAUGUGGAGGCCGGGCUAUAUGGGAGCCGCUUACACGUGUGGGACUGGCAGCGUCGUGAGCUCAUCCAGACCCUGCAAAUGAAAGAUGGGCUCAUCCCCCUGGAGGUCCGCUUCUUGCAUGACCCAGCUGCAGCCCAGGGCUUCGUGGGCUGUGCCCUCAGCUCUACCAUCCAGCACUUCUAUAAAAAUGAGGGAGGUACCUGGUCAGUGGAGAAGGUGGUCCAGGUGCCCCCCAAGAAAGUGAAGGGCUGGAUGUUGCCUGAAAUGCCAGGCCUGAUCACUGACAUCCUGCUGUCCCUGGAUGACCGCUUCCUGUACUUCAGCAACUGGCUUCAUGGUGAUGUGCGACAGUAUGACAUCUCAAACCCAAAUAAGCCCUGCCUCGCUGGACAGAUCUUUCUUGGGGGCAGCAUUGUUAAAGGAGGCCCUGUGCAAGUGCUGGAGGACCAGGAGCUAAAGUGCCAGCCAGAGCCUCUGGUGGUCAAGGGAAAACGGGUGCCUGGAGGUCCUCAGAUGAUCCAGCUCAGCUUAGAUGGGAAGCGUCUUUAUGUUACCACAUCGCUGUACAGUGCCUGGGACAAACAGUUUUACCCUGAUCUCAUCAGGGAAGGCUCUGUCAUGCUGCAAAUCGAUGUAGACACAGUAAAUGGAGGGCUGAAGUUGAACCCCAACUUUCUGGUGGACUUUGGAAAAGAGCCCCUUGGCCCAGCCCUGGCUCAUGAACUCCGAUACCCAGGGGGCGACUGCAGUUCUGACAUCUGGAUCUGAAGUCUGCCCCUUAGACCCUCACCUCCACAUUUUCAGCCCUCUCUUUGAGGGGCCUGGCUUCCCUUGGCUCCAACACUCAAAGGCCACACUGACACUAGUGAGAGCUAUUGAGUAGCAUCUCACCACUGUUGCUUGUUGCUAACUGUGCCAUUUUUGCAUGAGUUCUCAGAAGCACCAACUAAUAAACUAAUUCUUAAAUCAC